AUGGAUCAACAGAACCGAGGGCAAGAACACGUCGGUACGAAUCCAGACGGAGGUGCCCGUGCCCGUGCCCGUGCCCUGCCACCCGCCCAGCAGAUCCUGGAGCCAAACGGAAACGCGCCUGCCUUUGACUCAAGCCUCUUGCAACACGGGAGCUUGUUGAAUCCCAUGGCUUCCGUCAUGGCGGAUUCUGGGCCUUUGCUUCAAGAUGCCGAUGUGGGUGGCAUCCCCGUUCCUGAUGCCUCACGUCUCGCGCCCGCCAUGGCGGCAAACGGCGCCCCCAUGCAGAUCCCCCCCAGCACCGUGUCCCCUGACGACGUUGCUCUCUACGACAGGCAGAUACGCCUCUGGGGCAUGGCGGCCCAGCAAAAGAUACAAAACGCCCACAUUCUUCUCAUAACCAUGCGCGGCUUGGCCCACGAAAUCGCCAAAAACCUUGUGCUCGCCGGUGUGGGCUCCAUCACCCUUCUCGACGGCUCUCUGGUGACCGAGGCCGACCUUGGUUGCCAGUUCUUCCUGUCCGAAGGCGGCGAGAGUCUCGUCGGCCAGAACCGCGCCGAGGCUGCCAGUCACGCGCUCCGCAAGCUCAACCCUCGAGUGCAGGUCCACGUCGACCCCCAGAGCGUCACUGCCAAGGGCCCGAGCUACUUCGCCGCCUACAGCGUAGUAAUCGCCACGGACCUGGGCCCCGACACGGUCAACAUAAUCAACACCGCCACCCGGAUCAACAGCCGGCCCUUUUAUGCCGCCGGGACCCAUGGCAUGUACGGCUUCAUAUUCAGCGACCUGAUUGAGCACGACUUUGUGAUCCGGCGCGAAGCGAGCAACGUCGCCACCGCUCCCAGACAAGAGUCCCGCACCCGCUCCGUCGUCCACGUCAGCACCGAAACACGGGGCAACAAGCCCACCGAGCUCGUCACCAAGCGCGAGCUCUACUCGACCUGGUACCUGGCCAGCGACGCAGCCGUGCUCCCCGCCGAGUACACCGCCUCCAAGCGGCGGCUGAGAUGCGUCACCCCCGCCUUGUCCUGUCUGCGGGCCCUGUGGGAGUUCCAGCUGCUGCAUGGAGGCCGCCUUCCCGACAUCCUCAGCAGGGAGGACCUGCGCGUCUUCACGCAGAUUGCCACUCAAAAGCACAAGGCCCUGAGCUUGCCCAGCGAGACGCUCAAGCCGUGCGUUUUGCGAAAGUUUCUGCAGAACCUGGGGAGCGAAAUCGCCCCCGUGACCGCCAUCCUCGGCGGCCAGCUGGCCCAGGACGUCAUCAACGUCCUCGGCCAGUCGCAGCAGCCCAUCCAGAAUACCGUCAUCUUCGACGGCACCACCAUGGAGGCGCCCAUGUAUCCCCUCCACCCGGAAAUGGACCUCGGCGCGAGCCUGCUGUCCGUCUCCAACCUGAACGCUCACGCCGCUGCGGCUGCGAAUGCGAAUCCGACGGUCGGAAACGGCAGCAACGCGAGUAUAGUAGCAUGCUAG